AUGCUAAUUGUAAAUGUGGCUGAGAAGCCAUCUGUAGCCAAAUCAAUAUCAAGAAUACUGUCUAAGAGUGUAGUUACAACUAAGUCACCUAAUAAGUAUUGCAUGAACCACAAUUUCAAGCUGGAUGCAGAUCAGAUGGUUUUUACCUCAGUAUUGGGACAUUUGGUUGAACUGAAUUUUGCACCAGAGUACAGAAACUGGGGGAAUACGGAUCCAUACGACUUGUUUGAUGGUGAAAUAACACGAGAUGUACGAGAUGAUUUGAGCGGAGUCAAGAAAAAUAUAACAAAAUUAGCAGAUGAGGCAGAUAUGGUUGUAAUAUGGACAGACUGUGAUAGAGAAGGAGAGAAUAUAGGCAAGCAGAUAAAGGAUCUAUGUGGUAGCACACUGGUCAAACGAGCCAGAUUCUCAGGAAUUAGCAAACAUGAAAUAAUGAAUGCAUUUAGCAAUCUACAGGAAAUAAACCAGAAUGAAUCAGACGCAGUAGAAGCACGAAUGGAACUGGAUUUGAGAUGCGGAAGUGCUUUUAGUCGUCUCCAAACCAUGGCACUCUCUGAGAAGUUUGGAAACCAAAAGAAGGUGAUUUCGUACGGUCAAUGCCAAAUACCAACACUUAAUUUCGUAGUACAGAGACACAAGCAAAUCAACGAGUUUGUUCCAGAACAGUUCUAUUCGCUGAUUGCUGAAGACAAUGGAAAUGAAUUCACAUGGAAAAGAGGCAACCUGUUUGAUAAAAAUUGCGUGAUCCAUUUCUAUAACGAAAUAGAAAAAUGCGAUUUUAUUGUAGAAAGUGUGGAAUGCGCCCAGAAAACAAAAUUCAAGCCAAUUCCAUUACGAACAGUUGAAUUUCAAAAGAUAUGCACCAGCUAUUACAAGAUACCAGGAGCUGAAGUAAUGAGAAUUGCAGAGAAACUCUAUAAUCAAGGAUAUAUCAGUUAUCCAAGAACAGAAACAGACUCAUUUGGAAGUGGAUUUGGAUACCAAAGAAUCUUGGAUAAGUUAAAGGCAGAUGACAAAUUCACAGAAUACCUGAAUGAAAUGGAGUUCAAAACACCAAGAAAGGGUAAAAAUAAUGAUCAGGCUCAUAGUCCAAUAUAUCCAUUGAAGAGUGGAACUGGUCUAUCAGGAAAGGAUAGAAAUGUGUAUGAGAUGGUUGCAAGAAGAUUCAUUGCAUGCUGCUCCGAUGAUGCACGUGGUUUAGAAACUGUCAUAAAAAUAAGGCCAAAUUCAAAAGCAGGAAUCAAAGAAGAGCAAUUUAUUUGCAAGGGACUCAAAAUAACAGAACAGAACUAUCUGAAGAUAUACAUUUAUGAUACGUGGAAUAACAAGAAUUUAAGAAACCCAGAUAACUAUGAGACUGGUAAGAUAAUGAUGAAUUCAAAAAUAGAAAUCAAAGAUGGGGCAACAACAGCCCCAAGUUAUUUGACAGAGAAAGACCUGAUAAAUCUGAUGGAUAAAAAUGGAAUAGGAACCGAUGCAACAAUACACGAGCAUAUAAAUAAGAUACAGAUCAGAGAAUAUGCCUCCAAAUCAGGUCAAUUCAUAAAACCAACUGAGUUGGGAAUCAAUUUGAUCAAUGCAUACAAUUUAUUAGGACUGGAGAUAUCAGAAUGCAAAAUAAGAAAGGAAAUGGAAGAGAACCUGGUGAAAGUGUGCAAGGGAGAAAUAGCCAGUCGUGAGUUGGUUCAGAGAGAAAUAGGAAUCUACAAAAAGAUCUUCAUAAAAUUCAGAAACAAAAUUGAUCAAUAUAAACGCAUUAUGGAAACAAAACAGGCUGUUGAAACUAAAAGAAGUAGCACAACAAAGCGAUUCAAAGCAUCCGAUACAGAGAACAGAAAGAAUUCAGUGGUUGAAUGUGGCUGUAAAAAACAGGCUGAUUUCAGACAAGUCACCAAAGGAAAAAACAAGGGGAAAUGGUACUACGGCUGCUGUGAAUACCCAAGCAAAUGCGACUUCUUUCUAUGGGAUGGAGAAACCAAACAGGAGAGAAUCAACAAGCAGCAAAUUGUGGUUGAAGACGUCCAAUGCCAAUGUGGAAAGGGCGCAGUUAAAAAGACAUCGACGACUGAGAAGACAAAAGGGCGACAGUUUUAUUGCUGUAACAGAUCGUACAAAAAAUGCAAGUUCUUUCAAUGGGCUGAUUAA